AUGUUCUCCGAACAAAUGUCAAAAGAGCACAAUAUGGAUAUUCUUGUUGACCGGUUAAUGGAUAAACUUUCUUAUCCUGAAGGGCACCCUUAUUCUUAUGAACCUGGCGGAUUAGCAAGUGAAAUAGUCAAGGAUACUGGCAGAUUAAGUGAAUUAACUGAAUAUCAACGCAAAUAUUUCCAUCUUAAAAAUAUGGUAAGUAAAUUAAAGCUGAAACAUUAUUUAAAUUUAAAAAUUAAAUCACCAAUUCCUUUUCAAAAUAUCUCAAAUAAAUUUUCUAGAAUACUACACCUCUCUAUUUAAUAUUAUGCUUUUUAUGGUACAUACUAGGGUUGUUCCCCUUCCCCGAAAGUCGCUGAAUUUGAGACAUUAUUUUGAA